GAUUUGUCUUGCUCCUUCCUCCUAACCGGGAGGAUCGCUUGUUUGCUGCAUUUUCCCAGGGAGUGUUUUUUUUUUGGAGCGUUCUUAAGAAGUCUUUUCCUACAGCUCUGAAACAAAAGGUCACCUGGGAAAAUGUUCUCAGUUUUGCCAAAUUUGCUGAUGACAGGGACCCUGUAAUCUUGCAGAACUGCUGUGUUGUACUGGCAUUAGGAACCCGAGGUGAGGGUGUUCCUAUCUCAUUUUCGUGGGACGGUGAAGGAGAACGUGAGCCAUUUUGUACAAACAAGAGGAAAACCACUUGGUCAGACGUUUCUUGAAGAAGGAGCUGAAGUUGGGGCUCAGCAAACAUGGCUGCUGAAUUGGGAGAGGUGUCGGCUUUGGGUCUCCGGUUCCUGGAGUCCGGGCUGCAGACAGAAGCCAAUGUGGGUGAAGCGGCCAUUUUGAAAAUGGGAUUGGAGAGAGCCGGGGGAGCCCCUCGUGUUGUUCCAGCAGGGGGGCCCUUUGAGCAGUGCCUGAGGUGGGGCCCCCCUCAGAUGUUUAAGAGGGAACUGGUAGACGGACCGGUGUUGCAGAGGUGGGAAGCCCAGUGGCAGGAAUUCCUCAAGACAGUUCAGGUCCCUCAGUCUGGAUGUCUAUAUAACGCGCAGCUCGCUGAGACAACACAGUGGGGCGAUACGAAGACCUCCCUUGGCCUUUUUGAGGGACUAGCUGUCACCAGUACCCAGUGGCUGGCAGAAGAAGGGGCAGCCAGACCCCUGCUUGGAAUGAACGGAGGGGCGCCUUGGGCUGGUGGAGAGCUGGACACCACGGAGGAAAGAGGAUCCGGGCAACUGAAAAAAGUCAAGGGGGAGGAAGCAGUCGGCUCAGAGGUAUGGCGCCGAAACUUCAGGCAGUUCCGCUACCAGGAAGCCAAGGGGCCGCGGGAAGUUUAUGGCCACCUCUGGGAUCUUUGUCGUCAGUGGCUACAGCCGGAACUAUGCACCAAGGAGCAGAUCCUGGACUUGGUGAUCCUGGAGCAGUUCUUAGCCAUCCUGCCCCAGGAGAUCCAGUGCUGGGUGAAGGAGCGGGGAUCCAAGAGCUGCUCCCAGGCAGUGGCCCUGGUGGAGGAUUUCCUCCUGAGGCAGGAAGUGACCAAGGGACAGGAGCGGCAGGUGCAAGGGAAGCUAUUCCAGGACUGGGGUGUGAAUUUUCCACUGGCAGAAGGGAUUACUCCAGAAACCACAAGAACACAAACCAGCAGAGAGGUCAAGCAAGAGGGAGGAGACGGCCGCGCUCUCACAGGUGGAGGCUGGCCAGUUGUAAAUGCAGAACAGCAAAGGGAGAUAGAAGAGAUCAAGCACUGCAUGCUGGAAGAAAAUAACAGGAAUCCAGAGGGACGUGCCUGGCAGGGGGGAGAGGCAGAAAUGCAAAGGAAUAAAUCCAUCGCUUGUCAUGCAGGUGAUAAAUCCGUCACUUGUCACCCAGGCUUGCAAAGGAGAACCUGUAACGGAAGCCGAAGGAGUAAGUGCCUGAUAUGUGGGAAAGUUUUUGGAAAGGACUCAGAGCUUUACAGACAUCAGAGAAUCCACACAGGGGAGAAACACUACAAAUGCACCGACUGCGGGGAAACUUUCUCUCUGAUCUCGCAGCUCUGCAGCCACAAGAGAACCCAUGCGGGCGACAAACCAUACAAAUGCUCAGAGUGCCCCAAAAGCUUCUCUAAUAGAUGGAACCUUGUGAGCCACCAGAAAUUGCACACGGGAGAGAGGAUAUACAAAUGCCCAGACUGUGGGAAAAGCUUCUCUCGGGGCGAGCACCUUCUGAGGCAUCAGAGAAUCCACACAGGAGAGAAAACGUACAAAUGCUCAGAUUGCGGGAAGAGUUUCCUCCGGGGCGAGCACCUUAUGAGACAUCAGAGAACCCACACAGGAGAGAAACCGUACGAGUGCCUGGACUGCGGGAAGAGCUUUGGCCUGAGCCACCAUCUUAUUAUCCACCAAAGAAUCCACACGGGAGAGAAACCAUAUCAGUGCUCAGAGUGUGGGAAAAGAUUCAGCCGGAGCACCAACCUGAAGAGCCACAAGAAAACCCACACGGGAGAGAAACCACACAAAUGUGUCAACUGCGGCAUGAGCUUCACGCGUAACACGAACCUUAUGAAACACAUGAUUAGGGAAGUCACACAGCAGGGCAACUGUGCCAACCAGAUGAUCCCAUGUAUGCCCACCUGCGCUCCUGGGAUAAAGAGCGGGACACCUGUGAGAUCCCAAGUAUCCUUUGAGGAGGUAGCUGUUUCCUUCACGGAGGAGGAAUGGGCUCUGCUGAAUACAGGCCAGAGAAAGGUCUUCUGGGAAGUGAUGGAGGAAAAUUACGAGAUGGUGGCCUCUCUGGGGGACUACAUUUCCCAGAAGGAACUGCAAGCUUCAAAAGGAUCAUCCCUGCUUUUUCCAGGUGACCAGGGCAUGGUUUUUCCUCAAGAAGGAUGCAGAAGUGUAUGGGAUCUGCAGUUCCACAGGGCCUCCCUUCUUUCCUGUUUCCCCCGGCUGGAGGGAGAAUUUGGGUUUUGCGAGUCUGCAGGAAAGAGAUCCCGAGUGACCUUUGAGGAGGUAGCCGUGUUCUUCACGUUGAAGGAAUGGGCUCUGCUGGAUCCAGGCCAGAAGAAUCUCUACUGGGAUGUAAUGAAGGCAAAUUAUGAGACUGUGGCCUCUCUUGUUCAAGAUGUGAGGAAAACGGAUCAUGAGAUGGAAUCGGGAAUGAGAAUUGUGGGGAAAAGCAGCAGUCUGCAGGUGGAAGCAAAAUCUGGGGAUCAAGUGGGACCAGAGAGACAUUACAGAAGAAAAAGGAAAGAAAAACAGAUACAAAGAACAGAAUUGGUGCCCUGUCAGAGCAAAAAUAAGCCUGGGGUCUCAGCCCAAGAUGGAACAGACAAUAGAAGGAGAAGGCCUAAUAGUGCUAUGAACCAAAAAGGGUUCCACAGCAAAGGCAGUGUUAAAACAUAUCAGAACAUUACAACAUGCUGGAAAAGGUAUAAAUGUGUGGAAUGUGGAAUGUGCUUCCAUUGGAGUAGUGCAAGAAGUAGGCAUCAAAGAAUUCACACAAAGGAAAAGCCUUAUAAAUGCUUGGAAUCUGGAAACAGCUUCCAUUACAGUAAUAGAUUAACUUGCAAGCGAAUGAUUCAUACUGGGGAGAAGCCACAUAAAUGCUUGGAGUGCAAAAAGUGUUUCUCUCAAAACUGUGAACUAACUUUACAUCAAAGGAUUCAUUCAGGAGAGAAGCCAUAUGAAUGCUUGGAAUCUGGAAAACGUUUCUAUGAAAAUGGACUCCUAAAAGCUGAUCAAAGCAUUCAUACUAGGGAGAAGCGAUAUAAAUGCUUGGAGUAUGGAAAGUGCUUCUUUGGGAAUGGACCCCUAAAAGCAUAUCAAAAGGCUCAUACUGCGGAGAAGCCAUAUAAAUGCUUAGACUGUGGAAAGUGCUUUUCUCAGAAUAGCAGCCUAAGAAUACAUCAAAAUAUUCACACAGGGGAGAAGCCAUAUAAACGCUUAGAGUGUGAAAAGAGCUUUUCUCAGACUAGCGACCAAAGAAUGCAUCAAAAGAUUCACACAGGGGAGAAGCCAUAUAAAUGCUUAGAGUGCGGGAAGUGUUUUUCUCGGAAUGACAGCCUAAAAAUACAUCAAAAGAUUCAUAAUGGGGACAGGUCACAUAAAUGUUUGGAGUGUGGAAAGUGCUUCUCUCAGAGUGGUAUCUUAAGAAAACAUCAAAGGAUCCAUACUGGGGAGAAGCCAUAUAAAUGCUUGGAGUGUGGAAGGUGCUUCCCUUACAGUAGCAGCCUAAGAACACAUCAAAGGAUUCAUACAGGUGAGAAGCCAUAUAAAUGCUUGGAGUGUGGGAAGUGUUUCUCUGAGAAUGGCCACCUAAAAAUACAUCAAAGAAUUCAUAGUGGGGAGAAGCCAUAUAAAUGCUUGGAGUGUGGAAAGUGUUUCUGCAGGAAUGGUGAGCUAACUACACAUCAAAAGAUCAAUACAGGGAAGAAACCAUAUAAAUGCUUAGACUGUGGAAAGUACUUUUCUCGAAGUUAUAGUCUAAGAAUACAUCAAAGGAUUCAUAGUGGGGAGAAGCCAUAUAAAUGCUUGGAAUGUGGACAGAGCUUUUCUCGGAAUGACAGCCUAAGAUCACACCAGACGAUUCACACAGGGAAGAAACCAUAUGAAUGUUCGGACUGUGGGAAGUGCUUCUCUGGGAAUGGAGCCUUAAAAGCACAUCAAAGGAUUCAUACCGAGGAGAAGCCAUAUGAAUGUUUGGACUGUGGGAAGUGCUUCUCUGGGAAUGGACCCUUAAACGUACAUCAAAGGAUUCAUACUGGGGAGAAGCCAUAUAAAUGCUUGGAGUGCGGAAAGUGCUUCUCUCAGAGUGGUGACCUAAGGACACAUCAAAGGAUUCAUACUGGGGAGAAACCAUAUGAAUGCUUGGAGUGUGGAAAAUGCUUCUCUCAGAAUUGGAGCCUAACUGUGCACCAAAGGAAUCAUUCAGGGGAGAAGCCAUAUAAAUGCUUGGAGUGUGGAAAGUUCUUUUCUCGGAAUGACAGGCUAAGAUCACACCAGAAGAUUCACACAGGGAAGAAGUUAUAUGAGUGA